GCUGUUUCGAACAAUCGCUUGUUAAGUUGUUCACGCUCGUAUCACGUUGAAAAUGGCUGCCAGAUUGUUUAGGAAGGGGCUCGACCAUCUUAAAAGUAAAGAAUUUAGGGAUUAUUUACUCAGCACGGUAAGUUCCACCUUGUUUCAGACGUUUAUAUUGUACGAAAUUUUGACCCUCCGGCUGAAGUGGCUUCGCAAUUAAAUUUGAUCUUAUCUGUUUAUUUUCAUGCAUAUGUUACAGCAUUUCUGGGGACCAGUUGCCAACUGGGGUCUGCCUUUGGCUGCCAUGUCUGACAUGAAGAGAGACCCAGAAUUUAUAAGUGGAAAAAUGACAACAGCACUCUGCAUUUACUCCAUGUUAUUUAUGAGGUUUGCAUGGAAGGUUCACCCACGGAAUAUGCUCUUGUUUGCUUGCCACUUUUCAAAUGAAGUCUGUCAGCUUAUUCAGCUUGGAAGAUUUACCAAAUAUAGGCUGGAAGGUGGGCCACAAAAGCACCACAGUGUUGAAGUCAUUCCUUCAAGCUAAACAAAGUCAAUCGUUUCUUAAAGUAUUUUUUCAGGGAGUUUGGUGUAUCAAUAUUUAAUUUCUUUUUAAAACAUGGUGUAAAUAUUAAUACAAUAAUAAUACCAAGUUUUUUUAGCUUUUAAUAAUUUGCUUCUGCGUCAAUUGCACAGAAUACAUUGUAGUUAUUAGGCAUGAAAAAUGUAAUCAUGAAGGGUUUCAGAUGUGAUGUGCAACUGAGUUGCAGCAACUUAAAAUAAGUUUAUUUUGAUUGGUCAGGGGACAUUAAAUUAUUGUGAAAUAACAAGUAAGGACCAUCUACUCAGUGGGGGAAAAGAAUAUGGCUCUUGGUUAUUACUUCAGACCAGAUUAUCAGUGAAACUUUGGCACUAUUUUAAAUUUAAACUCUUUUUGUUUCUUAUUUUAGUGGAAAAGUAUCUGUAAUUCCUAAUAAAUUUUGGUGUGAAUGUCUCUCAAAGGCUUAGGAGUUAGUCCAGGGAAGUGUUAAAGAGAUGUUGUGUUUUAUGAUAAAGAGAGGGAUACAAUGAACUAGGUUUUAGUGUGUGACUUUUCGUGAGAAUAGAACCGUCUACAAAAUGGCAGGUAACUGUUAGGCAAGUUGAAUAAGGAAAUUCACACCAUCCAAAUGAGCAGUAUCCUUUAGGUAUUGACGGAAUCUCAUUUUGCAUGGCUAUGUUUUGCAUCAAUAAAAUGAAACAUUUUUCGUGGAA